UUUUUACCUUCACAGCUUUGUAAUUAUGCAUGUCAGUAUAUAGCUUUUUUCAUUCAAGACCAGAGUUGAGCCUUGUUUGAACCUUUUGUGGUGCUUACAAAGUGAAGAUGAGUGUCAAAAAAGAAGAUGUGGAGAAGUUUUUAGAUGGAAACCCAAGUUUCUCGAAAAGCUACUUUGCAAAAAAGCUUAAACCUGGAACUGUGGCAUCCAUGACAGGAGUCCCAGAGUCCAAAGUGGAUUUGGAUUCCUUUGAGAUGUUGUGUCAGGUGGAGGAAGGUGCAAUAUUCUUUGAUUUAAUCAAAGACAUGCAAGAGAACGUCAACAUGGAGAAGGUGAUCUUCAAAAUCCUAAGGCGACUCAGCGCUCUGAUCCAUGCGGACCGAUGCAGUCUCUUCAUGUACAGACAGAGGAAUGGCAUAGCUGAAUUGGCCACACGACUGUUUAAUGUCAACGCUUCAUCAAAGUUGGAAGAGUGUGUGGUUCCACCUGACUCAGAGAUUGUCUUUCCUCUUGAUAUCGGCAUAGUUGGUCAUGUUGCUCAAUCAAAAAAAACCAUCAAUGUUAAGGAUGUUAAAGAGAAUAGCUACUUCAGUACAUUUGUUGAUGAGCUGACGGAAUACACAACCCGCAACAUCUUGGCUACCCCCAUCAUGAACGGCAAAGAUGUGGUGGCGGUCAUCAUGGCAGUCAAUAAAAAUAACGGACCCCAUUUCACAGAUGAGGAUGAAGAUCUUUUUUUAAAGUAUCUAAAAGUUGGCACACUGAACCUGAAGAUCUAUCACCUAAGCUAUCUGCACAACUGUGAGACACGUAAAGGCCAGCUGCUUUUGUGGUCUGCUAACAAAGUGUUCGAAGAGCUCACGGAUAUUGAGCGUCAGUUUCACAAAGCUUUGUACACAGUACGCGCGUACCUCAACUGUGACCGCUACUCUGUCGGUCUACUGGACAUGACUAAGGAAAAGGAGUUCUUUGAUGUCUGGCCUGUUCUAAUGGGAGAACAACCACCAUAUUCUGGUCCUGUCACUCCAGAUGGCAGGGAAAUCAUUUUCUACAAAGUCAUUGACUACAUUUUGCAUGGAAAGGAAGACAUUAAAGUCAUACCAAAUCCACCUGCAGACCACUGGGCACUGGCGAGUGGACUACCCACCUACGUAGCAGAAAGUGGCUUUAUCUGCAAUAUCAUGAAUGCACCAGCAGAGGACAUGUUCAAAUUUCAGAAUGAGGCACUUGAUGACAGUGGAUGGACCAUUAAAAAUGUGUUGUCUCUGCCAAUCGUCAACAAAAAGGAAGAAAUUAUGGGAGUGGCAACUUUCUACAACAGGAAGGAUGGCAAGCCAUUUGAUGAACAGGAUGAACAACUAAUGGAGGCUUUGACCCAAUUUCUGGGCUGGUCGGCACUCAACACAGACACCUAUGACAAGAUGAAUAAACUGGAAAACAGAAAAGACAUUGCCCAAGACAUGGUGCUGUACCAUGUAAAGUGUCGAGAUGAUGAGAUUCAGAAUAUCCUUAAAACCAGGGAAUAUUUUGGAAAAGAACCAAAAGAAUGUGAAGAAGAUGAACUUCGGCAAAUCCUGAAAAAAGAACUUCCAGGGAGAAAUAAAUUUGAGAUAUAUGAGUUCCACUUUUGCGACUUUGACUGCUCAGAGCUGGAAUUGGUGAUGUGUGGCAUCCAAAUGUACUAUGAAGUUGGUGUUGUGAAGAAGUUUCAGGUCCCUCAGGAGGUUUUAGUACGGUUUAUGUACUCUGUAAGCAAGGGCUACAGAAAGAUCACCUAUCACAACUGGCGCCACGGCUUUAAUGUUGGACAAACCAUGUUUACAUUACUAACGACAGGGCAGCUGAAGCGAUACUACACAGACUUGGAAGUCAUGGCCAUGAUUACGGCAGGAUUCCUACAUGAUAUUGACCACAGAGGCACUAAUAAUCUUUACCAAGUGAAAUCACAAAAUCCAUUAGCAAAGCUUCAUGGGUCAUCUAUUCUGGAGAGACAUCACUUAGAGUUUGGGAAGUUUUUACUUGGAGAUGAGACUUUAAACAUUUUCCAGAACCUGAACAGAAGACAAACAGAGCACGUUUUUCAUCUAAUCGACAUCGCCAUUAUUGCAACUGACCUUGCCUUGUAUUUCAAGAAGAGGACUAUGUUCCAGAAAAUUGUGGAUCUUUCUGAAACAUAUGAGGAUGAGAAGAAAUGGGUUGAGUUUUUGUCUUUGGAAACAACGAGGAAGGAAAUUGUAAUGGCCAUGAUGAUGACUGCUUGUGAUCUGUCAGCCAUUACCAAACCAUGGGAAGUUCAGAGUAAGGUGGCACUGUCUGUAGCAGCUGAAUUCUGGGAGCAGGGUGAUUUAGAAAGGACUGUACUUGAGCAACAACCCAUUCCAAUGAUGGACAGGAACAAAGCUGCAGAACUGCCCAAGCUUCAGUGUGGUUUUAUAGACUUUGUUUGCACUUUUGUCUACAAGGAGUUUUCACGGUUCCACAAGGCUAUCCAACCAAUGUAUGAUGGCAUUCUUAACAACCGGAAAGAGUGGAAGGCUUUACAGGAGGCUUACGAGGCGAAGCUGAAGGAAGCUGAAGAAGCAGCCAAGGCAAAAGCAGAAGAACUAGCUGCCAAAAAAGCAGCUGCCACCAAUAACCCAUCAUCAUCAGGAUCGAAGACCUGUUCAAUCUGCUAGAACUGGAUGGCUGUUAGAAAAGGGAGAAUGCUUUAGGGAUUCAACACAGCCACUGAAAUGGACACCACAUGGUGAGAGUGGCCUCAACCCCAGAACAGAGGGACACUAAGAAACACUGAGAGAACCAAUAAAUCACAUGCUCACAUGCACAUAACAAAUAUUUGUAGAUGAAAACCAAGAUGAAAUAGUUCAAACAUUCAGUUUGAACGGUCACUGGUUGUGGUUUUCGGUUAAAAUCAUUCUUGUUGUGUCAUGUCGUAUGAAUUUUUUCAUCAAAUGCAAUAGCUAUGAGAUAAUACUUGCUUUAUUUUAAAGUACAUAUACCAAUUCUUACCAGUGUUUGUGGAAAAAAGUCUGAUGCACAAGCUUUGUUUCAUACUUACAAGUUCAUGCUUCAAGGACUCCUGUGUCAUUGGGCAGCAUUUUACCUGAAAGGCACCCUUUGCAGUUUGGUUUGCAUUAUAAGUCAUUACUGAAAACAUUUGAGAAUGGAUCAAAGUUUAGUGAAAGCUACAGAUAGAUGACAAAGUAACACAACAUAACAUUUGUUGGCAAGGUGUUAGGCCAUUGCAAUCCACUAGAACAGCUUCACCUUACUUCAACUUGCUUGUACAAGUCCAUGAAGCUGUAUUGCAGUAAUGAACAUCAAUCAUU